AUGCGUAGUUCAGUGCUAUUGGCGAGCAGUGUCCUGCUGCUCCUUGGCUGCAGUCAGGCGCGCAUAGUGCCCGUUGAGCAGGAGUUGUCAUGGCAAGAGGAUGCCAUCGAGCUGCCGCAGGAGCUGGAGCAACCUGAAAUUGAAGGCAGAGCAGCUGGCUGCUCCAUUAAGAUACGCAGCACGGAAAUGAAGAAUCCACAGCCGCUGCUGCUUAAGCCCGGCACUACUGAGUUCUAUCCCUUCAGCGCCAGCGGCUAUGUUGAUGUGGCCAAUGACAAGACCAUUGAGUUCAGCUGCACCAGCAGUUUGGCCUCGCCACUCUCUGGCAAAUCGGUGACCGCCAAGUGCGUUGGUGGCACCACCUUCCGCAUUGGCGACAAGAAUCACGAUCUGUCCACCAUUAGCUGCAGCUCCUGGCCCGCCUUUGUGGGUCGCAAGUCCGGCGCACGUUGCAAUGGCGGCACCACUCUGAUCAAUGUCGGCUUCGAGCUCAGCGGCUCGCGCUUUGCCAAGCAGUACGACGUGUGCUUCAAUGAGGACCAAGAGGUCACCCGCUAUGUGUAUCAUACACUUGACUCCGGCAGCAAUUACUAUGCCACCGGUGUGGAUCGCAUCAACUUCGCCACUGGCGGCUACUUUGCCGGCAAGAAUGUGGACAAGCUGUACACGCAAGCGGAGCAGAAGAAGACCAUUGACCAGGCCUUGGGCAUGGACUCGUCACGCUACUUUGACUCACCCAAGAACGUGUUCCUCGCUCGCGGUCACAUGGGCGCCAAGGCCGACUUUAUGUUCGCGCCCGAGCAGCGCGCCACCUUCCUCUUCAUCAAUGCGGCGCCUCAAUGGCAAACCUUCAAUGCUGGCAACUGGGCGCGCGUCGAGGACGGCGUGCGUGGCUGGGUAACCAAGAAUAAGAAGUAUGUGGAGUGCUGGACUGGCGUGUGGGGCGUCACCACGCUGCCCAACAAGGAUGGUCGCCAGACGGACUUGUAUCUGGCCUACGAUAAGAACGGCAAUGGUUUGAUACCUGUGCCCAAGAUUUACUUCCGCGUCGUCAUCGAGCCAUCCACACGCAAGGGCAUUGUCUUUGUGGGCGUCAAUAAUCCGCAUUUGAGUCUGGCCGAGAUCAAGCGCGACUAUGUGCUGUGCAAUGAUGUCAGCGACAGAGUCAACUACAUUAACUGGAAGAAGACGGACAUCAACGCUGGUUACUCCUACGCCUGCGAGGUCGCCGAGUUCCGCAAGAAGGUCACACAUCUGCCAGAAUUCUCGGUCAGCGGUCUGCUGGUCUAAGCAAAAAUAAUAUAAUUAAUAAUAAUAAUAGACAACAGCAUAAAGUAAAACACUUAACACUUUUUAAAACAACUGCUACCUCUUUAGCUUAGUUUUAGCCAUAGCAAGUUAUAGAAA